ACUAGCUAGUUUCUGCACGAUUCUUCUUCGCUGAGGUUUGUGUGUGUGCUUCCUUCCGACGGCGGCUUCGCGUCCUCCGAUCAGAGCAGAUCCAACAGGUCGGCGAUGCAGCGGCGUGGCAGACCUCCCGUCCUGCGGGAGUCGUUGCUGACGAGGGCGGUGAGCUCGGUGUUCGCCUUCGUCCAUCUCGCUGAGUUUGAGAUCCUCUUCUUCCUCUUCUUCUUCGUCGCUUUCAUCAUAUUCAAAGAUCUGACAUCACGACCUGAGUACAAUCAGAUCUUUGUAAAGAAGCCUGGUGGUGAAGACUUUUGGCCUUUUUAGGAGAAAUCUGCUUCUCAAGACCUUAGAGAAUUGGGCCAUGAAUCAGAAGUAGUAAUAUUUUCCCUGGUGUUUUCAUCACAGGUGAUGCUUUCUCCUGUAUGUGAAUCUUGCUAUAACAAUAAUGGUGCAUUUCACAUGUCCUGGUGAGUAUUAUUUUCUCUGGAAACGAAAGUAGUACUUAUGUUAUUAGAGACCUAUGCUUCUUUCCUUCUUUUUUUUGUAUGGAGUUACGUGGUAGACUGUAGGUGUAUCUUAGUGACUCCAGUUCAAUCUGGAAAUCGUCCAUUACACAACAUUUGACAGGAAAAUGGAAAGUGUCACUUUACAUAGUAGUUUUCCUUUACCUGAGAACUCUGUCGUAUUGGAAGAAAGAAAGUGAUGCUUCGUGUAGAGAAAGAAGACCUGCUGUAGUCUGUGAAUUAACCAGACAAAGUAGGAAGCUGACUAUAAAAGAAGUUUCUGCAA